CCCAGGCUGGUGUGUGUCUCGGAAGCGGCGGCCAUCGCACUGCAUGGGACUGAGGUUACCAGAUCUUGUGGUUAUGCAGACAAUAGAUGUGCAAAACAACAACAUUAUAACUGAUCAACAAUAUUUUUGGAUGUCAUACACCAGGCGUUAGUUGGUUGAAGUUGGAAUUUUGUCUGAAUGAAUUUUGAGUAAAGUUGAUUUUGACUGACAUUUUCAUGAAGAGAGGGGAGAAACCUGAGCGACAUAGACAAAUGAGGCCUAAAACAUUCCCUGCCAGCAACUUCUCUGGUAGCAGCCGGCAUAUGUUGCAGGAAAUUCGUGAGAGUCUCAGACACUUGCCCAAACCAUCAGGAGAGGCUGGAAACACGGACCAAAAUGUACUAAAAACAGCAGCAGAAGACUCCAGGCAACAAGGACGGAAUGCUACCAAAUUUGCAACUCACCAAAAAGCGCUUCAGGAGAUCCGGAAUUCCUUAUUACCGUUUGCAAAUGAAUAUAGUUCGUCAGCUCGAGGAGCAGCAGAUGUAAACAAGCAGAUGCUGCAGGACUUAACUGCUGCAGGAUUUGAUGAGGACAUGGUGGUUCGAGCCUUGAAGCAGACCAACAGUCGCAGUAUAGAGGCGGCAAUUGAAUACAUCAGUAAGAUGAGCUAUCAGGAUCCACGACGGGAGCAGAUGGUUGCUGCAGCAGCAAGACCAGUAAAUGCAGGCAUGAAAUCUCUGGGUUCCAAUAACGUUCCACAAGCAGUUAACCGCAAACCAAGCUGGAAGGGAUCUAAAGAAUCUCUGGUUCCGCAACGAAUUGGUCCAUCAUUGAUGGAGGGUGUGGGAUAUCGAGCAGAUAGCCCCGUCUCCCAGCUAGAGAUGGCUAGAUCGAGUUCUGGAAUGGCUGCAUACACUCAGGUUCAUCCUGGAAAUGGCCAGGGGGCUUUGGGACCUGUGAACUCUCAGAGAGGAAACCUUCCUCCUCCGCUUCCAGUGAGGAGUGUAACGCCACCACCUCCUCCCCCCAGGGGCCAUACCCCUCCCCCACGUGGUACGACCCCUCCCCCACCAUCCUGGGAGGGGAGCCAGCAACCAAAACGCUUUUCUGGAAACAUGGAGUACAUGAUGACGCGAAUCUCUCCUGUCCCUCAAGGAACAUGGCAAGAUGGGUUCCCACCACCCAACCUCAAUACUGCCUCCAUGAUGAAUCCACCGCCUCAAGGUCAAAGAGGGAUCAGUCCUAUCCCAUUGGGUAGGCAGCCUAUUAUCAUGCAAAACACAACCAGCAGUAAAUACAGCUACCCAGCAGGCCGCGUAAUACAUCAGAAUGGCACCACACAGCCAGAUGGGUCUACCCCUGCACACUUUGUGUCACACCAAAACGUUAUGGGAGGUAACGCAGUCAAUCGUCAGCCACCUCCCCCAUACCCUCUCUCCCAGUCUAACCGGCAGAGCCCCAGUGCCUUACAAAUGCAAGCUGGGGGGGCAGCUGCUUCUCCCAACUAUAGCAGUAAUCUCAAUGGAAAUAUUCCGCAAUCUGUGAUGGUGCCAAACAGAAACAGCCAGAACAUGGACCUUUAUAACAUUGGUGCGUCUGGCAUACCAGCUUCAUGGCCACAGUCCCCUCCGCCUCAGCCCCAGACAUCGUCAGGUAGUGGCCCAGAGAUUUCUGGUUGGCAUCCUCCUCAAAAUCUCAAUGUACCAGUGAGGUCUAAUUCCUUCAACAAUCACCUUCUAUCCAAUCGCCAGCCUCAUUCGAACUCGCAAACAUCUGCCACAACAGUGACUGCUAUUACCCCUGCUCCCAUUCUGCAGCCAGUAAAGAGCAUGCGUGUACAAAAGCCAGAACUACAGACUGCACUAGCACCAACUCACCCUCCCUGGAUGCAGCAGUCCAUGCAGACGAGUAAUGUUCCUGAGGGUCCAACAGCAGCCAGUCCUCCUGUGACUGAAGCUCCAAGUUAUCCGGCUCCACCUCCACCAUACCCAAAGCAUUUGCUUCAGCAGAAUCAAACUGUGCCACCAUAUGACUCUGCGGCUACAGCCAAUAAAGAGGAACAAGGAGCAAAACAGACCAUGCUAGCGGUGGGUCAAAGCAAAGAGGAGUAUGAAAAGGGCACCGAAUUGGGUGAGCGGUCCAAUGCUGUGGACAAGGAAAAGAAACAGAUAACCACUUCACCUGUCCCAGUGAGGAAGAACAAGAGAGAUGAGGAACGUAGAGAGUCGCGCAUUCAGAUCUACUCCCCACAGGCUUUUAAGUUCUUCAUGGAGCAGCACGUUGAGAAUGUGUUGAAAUCUCAUCAUCAGAGAGUACAUCGCAAAAAACAACUGGAGAAUGAAAUGUCACGGGUUGGGUUGUCAAAAGAUGCCCAAGAUCAGAUGCGCAAGAUGCUAUGCCAAAAAGAGUCUAAUUAUAUUCGCCUGAAAAGGGCAAAGAUGGAUAAAUCCAUGUUUGUGAAGAUCAAAACCUUGGGAAUAGGUGCAUUUGGGGAGGUUUGCUUAGCUCGAAAAGUAGACAGCAAUGCACUGUAUGCUAUGAAAACAUUGAGGAAGAAAGAUGUUCUGCUGCGAAAUCAAGUUGCUCACGUAAAAGCUGAGCGGGAUAUCUUGGCAGAGGCUGACAAUGAGUGGGUGGUUCGACUGUAUUAUUCAUUCCAAGACCGAGAUAAUCUUUACUUUGUGAUGGACUACAUUCCAGGAGGAGAUAUGAUGAGCCUCUUGAUCAGAAUGGGCAUUUUUCCAGAGCCUCUGGCACAAUUCUACAUUGCUGAACUGACCUGUGCAGUAGAAAGUGUUCACAAAAUGGGCUUCAUUCAUAGGGAUAUCAAACCGGAUAACAUCCUAAUUGACCGAGAUGGACAUAUCAAACUGACGGACUUUGGGCUGUGCACUGGCUUUCGAUGGACCCACGAUUCUAAAUAUUAUCAAAGUGGUGACCAUCCUCGUCAGGACAGCAUGGACUUCAGCAAUGAAUGGGGUGACCCUAAGAGCUGCAAAUGUGCAGAAAGACUAAAGCCACUAGAGCGCAGGGCAGCCCGACAACAUCAACGCUGCUUGGCACAUUCCCUAGUAGGCACUCCGAAUUACAUUGCACCAGAAGUCUUGUUGCGGACAGGCUACACUCAGCUGUGCGAUUGGUGGAGUGUUGGUGUAAUUCUGUAUGAAAUGUUGGUGGGUCAGCCUCCUUUCCUGGCACAAACUCCAUUGGAAACCCAGAUCAAGGUCAUAAACUGGCAAGCAACUCUUCACAUCCCACCACCAGCGAAGCUUAGUCCAGAGGCCUCUGAUCUUAUCAUUAAGCUCUGUCGCGGUCCAGACGAUCGGCUUGGAAAAAAUGGCACAGAAGAAAUAAAAGCCCAUCCGUUUUUCAGAUUGAUUGAUUUUUCUAGUGACAUACGCCAUCAACCAGCUCCAUACAUUCCUAAAAUUACGCAUCCAACGGAUACAUCUAAUUUUGAUCCUGUGGAUCCAGACAAGUUAUGGAGUGACGACACUGAUGGAGAAAGCAUCGGUGACACUCUCAAUGGCUGGUACCAGAACGGGAAACACCCAGAACAUGCAUUCUACGAAUUCACAUUCCGGAGAUUUUUUGAUGACAAUGGCUACCCUUACAGCUAUCCAAAGCCAUUGCAGUACGACUAUCCCAACCCAGAAGGUUCAGAGCAUCAAAUGCAAGAUAGGGAUGAAAAUGUUGCAGCAAGUAAAGAAAGCCAAAAUCGAGAGCUGGUGUAUGUAUGAAGGGAGCGUUCAUUCUAACAGAAAACCCUUGCUGAUGAUAAUUCGCAGGGACGUGUUUUUAGUUUUACCAGAAACUUUCAUGUUUGUUUUCAAAAACUUACAGAAAAAUAUAUUUUGUGAGUAUUAAUUUAUUUGAAUGUUUUGAUUGAACAUUUCCAGCAAUUGGAUACAGUGCUGGAUUGAGUGUGCCUAAACACGACACUAGAUUUGAAAUAACGUGGACCAUUUGAUAAAUACUAUUUGAUAAAUAGCCUAUCAGCAAAACUAUCUUUAUAAAUUUCAUCACAUUUACUAAGGUCUUAAACAUUAUUCUGAGCACUCUCAGCUGUUCUUGGAGUUUUGUGUAGGUGAAAUACACAAUAGAUUGUGUUUUUAAAAAAAAUUACACUACAUGUCUGAAUCUUGGACAGUGGCCUUUUAAUGCAGUGCCUUUAAAUAAAUCUGCUUUGCUUUGACCAAAUAUGAAGAAAAAUCAGUUUGGCACAAUUUACAAGAAAAUAAUUUCCUAUUAGAAGUAGUUUAGAACACUAGAUAUUUUUCUAAUUUAUGCUUCAAAUUUAUUUAUAAAUUAUAUGUUGUAUAAACAUUUAAUUUUACUGUAAAUACAGUAACUUCAAUCUUCUCACUUUAUUUUCCAAUGAUAUAGUAAACCUAAGAUCAUUUUGGGUGUAAAUGUUUUGGCAAUCUACUGUUAACAUUUUAGACACAAGUAUGUUUACAUUAACUAACAUUGUCAUCACUAAAUCUUGCCCUGUUCAAGAUUUGAAAUUCAUUUAAUUAUGAAUAUGUGAGUUGGGGGUGGGAUUGUAACGUAGAUCAUUGAAUAUUUACGUGUGAAAUAUUUUAGGUUUACAGUAAACUAUUUUUGGGCUGGCCUACUAAGCUGUUUCCAGUACUCUUAAGCCUAUAUGAGAAGUGCUUUAGUAUGUAUGGCUAGUUCAGCAGUAUUGCAGGAUAGUAGAAAGUAAACGGGUUUACACACUGAGGUAUGACAUGGCAUUUUGUUGUAGAUUCGUUUCCCCUCAUGUUUGUAUUGGUUCAUCUCUGGCUCUGACAUUCAUAACUGUUAAAUUGUACCUUUGCUGAAGGACUGAUAUUGUACAAAGUACUAUCAUUUGUGCCUUGUAUGCUCAGCAUUCGGCAAACCUUGUCUGAUUUUUAUCAUCCUGUACCUAUCCGGCAAGUGGAUCAUUUGAGCUUCAAAAAUGAUACCACGUAGGAAAACUUGGAUCUGUUUUACAAACACAUUGGUUUGUAUUUUCUGUGGAAUGAUCAGUAGUUUUCCUGCUGUGUUUUCUGUCUUCAGUGAUUGUCACCAUGCUCUCCGAUCAACUAGUGUAAACGUCUCUGGGAUGGGCAUAAAAUCUGAAAUGUGAUCAGUGGUGUAAAAUUAUAUUAAAAAUAUUGUUUGAAAAA